AUGCUUCGCAUAAUCAGUUCCUUGAAGCUUGAACGGACUAUUCACUGGUGGUUUGAACAAUUCAGCAAAGGUCUUUGGACACACACGAAAGUGGACCUCAGAGGGAACCAGAUAGCUACAAUUGACGGUGGGAUCCUUCAUCGGAUCCUGAACGAAUUUUCCCAAGGAGAUGGUUUUCUCAACCUAGAGGAGUGCGGCCGAAUCGGAAACACGAUCGCAAAGCCUCAGCGAUUGGUUCGUGGAGGGAAGGCAGCAGCACCUGGGGCAUGGCCUUGGCAAGUGGCCAUCUACGAUGCGCAGGUGGAAUAUAUCAUCUGUGGAGGAGCUCUCAUUGGAAAGGGAGGGUCAAAAUACAUUUUCGAUCCCAGAUGGAGUAAUGUCCCCCGUUGCUUGCAGGUGAUUCAGAUCUUCGUGCAUGACGAAUACACUGGCUUCGAGUCGGACAUUGCGCUGAUGAAACUCCACGGUUCGGCUAAUCUGACGAAGAGGGUUCAGCUGAUCUGCCUUCCGUCCAAUGAUGACCUGUCUGAUGACUUUUUAGACGGUUCUCAAGAUGAAUUUGGCGGACCUCACAGAGGAUGGGUGGCAGGUUGGGGGAAAGACGCUUCAGACGAAGGAACGGAUGCUUUGACUGAGGUGCAACUGACAGUCACACCAAAGCGUGAAUGUCGAAAUAGAAUCCGCAUGAAGACAUCAGACCACCCUGCUUCCAUCACCAGGAACACGUUUUGUGCAGGAGAACGCAACAAUGCUUCCUCAUUCGUGAAUGAGGACGCGAAAGAAUACGGGACGGUGUGUGAAGGGGAUUCGGGGAGUCCCAUGGUCUUCCCAUCUCAUAGCCUUCUGAAAAGUCAAUGGGUUGUCGAAGGAAUCGUCAGUCAUAUCUAUGUGAAGUCGAGGCAAGAUUGCUCCAAUUAUGAACCUGGCCAGUAUGGUGUAUUCACUAGAGUCAAUAAGUGA